GGAGCCUCUGCCCUCUUCGACAUGAUCGAAUACUACGAGGCUGCCACACACCUCAACAUCUCCUGCAACAGGCACAUGGGCACCAGGGGCUGGCAGGCUGCUGCCCACAUGAUGAGGAAGACCAGCUGCCUGCAGCACCUGGAUGCCCGCUGCACCCCGCUGCUGGAGCCCUCCGCGCCCUUCGUCGCCCGCGCCCUGCGCAGCAGCAGCAGCCUGGCAGUGCUGCACCUGGAGAGUGCCAACCUCUCAGGGCGCCCCCUCAUGCUGCUGGCCACGGCGCUGAAGCUGAACCUGACGCUCCGGGAGCUCUACCUGGCCGACAACAAACUCAACGCCCUGCAGGACGCCGCCCAGCUGGGCACCCUGCUCAAGUUCAACUCCUCCCUGGCCAUCCUCGACCUCAGGAACAACCACAUCCUGGACUCUGGCCUGGCCUACAUCUGCGAAGGGCUGAAGGAGCAGCGCAGAGGCCUGGUGACCUUGGUGCUGUGGAACAACCAACUGAGCCACACUGGCAUGGCCUACCUGGGCAUGACCCUGCCUCACACCCAGAGCCUGGAGACUCUCAACCUGGGCCACAACCCCCUGGGCAACGAGGGAGUGCGGAACCUCAAGCCAGGCCUGAUCGGGAACCGCUCCGUGCUGCGCCUCGGCCUGGCUGCCACCAAGCUCACCUGCGAAGGGGCCGUGGCCGUGGCCGAGUUCAUCGCCGAGAGCCCGCGGCUGCUGCGCCUCGACCUGCGGGAGAACGAGAUCAAGACCGGAGGCCUCAUGGCCUUGUCCCUGGCCCUCAAGGUCAACCACUCCCUGCUGCGCCUCGACCUGGACCGCGAGCCCAAGAAGGAGGCGGUGAAGAGCUUCCUGGAGACCCAGAGGGCUCUGCUGGCCGAGAUCCAGAACGGCUGCAAGAGGAACUUCGUCCUGGCCAGGGAGAGGGAGGAGCAGCAGCAGCUGCAGCCUUCGGCCUCCCUGCCCGAGGAGGGCAGCACAGAGCCCCUGGAGGAGGCCCUGGCGGGGCACAGCCAGUCCUCCUCCUCCUCCCCCACCCAGAGGAGGAUUUCAGUCUCCAGCCCUGGCAGAGGCCACAAAGUCUUCCUGGUGACCAGAGUGGAGCCCCUGCCCGAGGCUGAGCUGAGCUGCCCCCAGCAGGAGCAGGAGCUGGAGGAGCUGCUGCUGGAAGCCAGCCAGGAGGCAGGGCAGGAGCUGAAUCGGGUGCCAGAGGUGGCAGCGUGGUGCCAGGGCUGGCAGAGGGUGGUGGCAGUGCUGGCAAGGAGUGGUGCCAAGGCUGGCAUGGAGGCGCCAGGGCUGGCAGCACAGGUGCCAGGGUUGGCAUAG